AUGUCCUCGCCAGUUGAUCCAGAAGACUACUCAUUCGUAGCGUAUGGUGAUCCUUUCAGCGAUGAGGAGGAUGAACAAAGCAGAUUUCGUGGUUUGGCUUUGGGAAAACGAAGGGCUAUUCCAUCUGCUUAUGAACAGCGAGUAUUGAAUGAAAAAGGUAGACCUAUGCGAUUUCAUGGGGCAUUUACUGGUGGAUUUUCUGCUGGCUAUUUCAAUUCAGUUGGAUCUAAAGAAGGAUUUAAGCCGAAAAGUUUCUACUCUUCUCGUAAAAACAGAGAAAGAGAUUCUGAUGGAAAGUUGGCUCAACGUCCAGAAGAUUUUAUGGAUGAUGAAGAUUUCGGGGAAUUCGGUAUUGCUCCAAGACGUAUUCGACCUACUCACGAGUUUGAUGAUACUCAUGUACGUGAUACAUUACAAAUAGCUUUGGGUGAUCAGUCUGUGAUCCCACAAGCAGGUUCACUUUUAAAAGGAUUAAUUGUAGCUACUAGAGGGACACUUGCAGAAAGACUGUUACGACGUCUUGGAUGGAAAAAUGCCGACUCCAUUACACUAUAUAAUGAAGAUGAUGAUAAAGUUGAAAAUUUGAGCAAAACUAAAACAGUCAGUAGUAGUACAGAUGCGGAUACAUUUUCAAGGGAAGAGAAUAAUUCAUCAAGUUCUAUAAUGUUUGCAAAAAUUAGUUUUUCGGCUAAAACAAAUACUUUCGGUUUGGGAUAUUCACCGUUGGAUCCUGAAGUUGCAAUGGGACGUCGUAAAGCGAAUCUACAUGAACAGGAAAACUUAUGGUCUGAUAGACAUCCUGAAGAAUCUAUCAGUGCUUUGCUAAACAGGCAACAGAAAAUUCGUAGUGACAAUGAAUUUAUUCUUAAAAGUGGAUUGAAACGUCGUGGUAUAAGCGGUCAUGCUUUCGGUGUAGGUGCUUUAGAAGAAGAGGAUGCUGAUGUGUACGAACAGGAUCGUUUAGCUGAAUAUGACUGGGAAAUAGGCGGUUGCGAAUCAGAUAAUAAUGAUGACGACGAGGAGGAUGAGGAACAAGCUGAAAUAGAAGCUGCUCGUCUUGGGCGUUUAUCAUCUACAAUUAAGAAAAAGUCAAACAGCAAUUCAACUGGACGUGGUAAAAUUAUUGAUGGGUGGACUGCCCCUUCUCAAAAUCGUGAAUCUCAUAAGGUAAAUAAAUCAUCAUCAUCAUUAGAUGCUUUACCUGGAUUUCGUUGCUCAUCAGGAAAACAAGAUGAUAUAAAAAUUCAUCAAACUCAAGUAUCCUUACCUCCAGGUUAUAUUCCAGUCUUUAAUCCUCGGUGUAUCCUGAAUGCUAACACUAAAGAUAAUAUUUUAUUGAAUGAAGAUAAAAAUCCUCAUAUUAAACAUGAUGCUGUUUCACGAGCUCGUUUACUACAAGAAGAUUCAGUUUAUGAGAAGUUGGAUUAUAUUCAACAAUUACGUUUAAAGGCAGCAGCAGCCGGUCUUCCUGUACCUCCGCUAGGCUCAAAUCCUUCUCCUGUUGUAGGUGGACAACAGUCUAGUCAAUCUGAAAAUUCAAGCGAAUUGACCGCUUGUAAUCCACCACUACCUAGUAGUAGUAGUAAUCCAACAGCUGGUUUAUUAAAAAUUUUUAAAAAUGACAGUAAUAAACAAGCACGAUUUGAAGCCUAUCAAGUACUUAUUCGUCGAGGAUUCGCCCAUGAAGAUGCCUAUAGUCGUUGUUCUGUCCUACUAGACUUAACCAAUGAAGAGAAAGAAAAAGAAGCCUCUUCAUUUCAAGCUAUUAUUAAAAUGAAUAAACCAAUGACACCGUCUACGCAUACUACUACUACAAUAAAUAAUGUGACAAGUAGUAGUAACAAAGUUGUUCAUUCUAUGUCUCCUGCUACUUCUGCUGCCAAUACCUCUAUUUCAACUACACCAUCUAAUGAUCCUCGUGAUAGAUCACCGCUAACUAAUAGUCUCCCACUGUAUAAACAGCAAUUAAUUUCAUCAAAGUUAGCCUUAAGAUUUCGUUCUGCAGGUUGUAUGGAUAUAAGUAAGGAGUUGACUGAAGAAGAGGAGAAAGCUCAACGGGCACAAGUUGAUAGUUUGGAUAUAGUUGAACCACGUGAUCAUGCAGUAGCGACUGAAUCCUAUGGUGCUUUGACAAGAAGACGUCUAAAAUGGCAUCCAGACAAACUUUUAUGUAAACGUGUAAAUAUUCCUAAUCCUUAUCCUGAUUCCACAUUUGUUGGUUGUCCAGAUGAAAGACGUCCGCGUAAUCCCUUUCGUCAAUUGCACAGAAAACAUGGCAAAAGUAGAUUUUCUGAUAGUGCUUCCUCGUCUAAUGACUUCUCAAUCUUUGAUCUAUUGGAUGUUAAUUGUACUACAAUUGAUCAACAGUCGAACUCUUUAAUGAGUACAUCUGGACAACAACAGAUAAGUAGUGAUUCUGACUCUGAUUCAGUAAAUGAUAUGCAUGAAUCAGGCAUUACAUCAUCAUCAGUUUUGCAUAAUGUUUCAUUUGAACCAAAUGAAUCUAUUGGAGCAAGUUUUCAACCACGUGGUAAAGCUUUAUUUGCUGCCUUAUUUCAAUCCUUGGAAAAUCAAAAAACGCCUGAAGAUACUGAUAAAAGUGUAGAUAUGAAUGAUUCAGUAGACAGAGUACUGCCAAAUGAAGAUGCUUCUCAGAAUGUCACUGAAAGACAUGAAGCUACUAGCUCGGUAAAUCGUAUAGUUGGUCCAACUCUUCCUCAAUCAGGAAUCGAUGCCCUUACCAGUGAUUCAAAUACUCCUCCAAUGGAUUUAUUCAAAUCAAUAUUUGCAUCGGAUGAAGAGUUAAGUUCAUCAUCGCUAUCCGAAGAUGAGCAUGACGGUGAUGUUGUUGAUGAUGAUGAUGGCGAUAAACACAGAGAAGGUAGUCUGGCUAUAUCAUCAAAUGUUAAACAGUCAAAUACUGUUUCAUUAUCAAAUGAUCAGUCUGGAUUAUUCAAAGGUCAUUCAUUAUUUUCACAUUUAUUUGAACCGGAUGGAGAUAUGCAUGCACCCUUGUCAGGUUUGACACGAAUCACUACACAACCGCGUGAUGUGAUCCAAAAAGUGGAUACUCCUUCACAAAACAAUACAAACCCUGAUUUACUAUAUGGACCGGAUUUACCGCCAAAUUUCAGUUCAGCAUAUGAACAAAUUAAUCCAACGCCUUCUGCUUGUGAUCAAGGAAAACCGUCAACUGUUCCGCCUUCUGAUAUUCUAUUUGUUGAAUCUCAUCUUGUUACUCAUCGUAGUUCAAGUAAACAUAAGAAACAGAAGAGUAGCAAAAAGAAACAUAAAUCGAAGAAUAAGAAACAUCAUAAGAAACGUUCACGUAAAAAGUCCACCUCUUCAGAAUCUGAUAAUUGUGAUUCAUUAUCAACUUCCUCUUUUUCUUCAUCCUAA